AUGAAUAAUUCUAAUUGUAUCAGUAAAUUAAAUAAUAUAUUAAAAUAUGAUUCUACGAGAAAAAAAAAAAUAAUAACAAAAAAUAAUAUAAAACAUGAAAACAUAAAUGAAAAAUAUUUAUAUACAAGUAAUUGCAUAGGAAAAAUAUAUAUUGAAAAACUAAUAAGUGAGUGUGAUGAUUUGGCAAAUAAGAAUUUAGGGAAUGAAACUAACAAAAUAAAAGAUUAUCAUGAUAGAAAUAAAAACAAUGAUAUUGAAUUUACAAAAUUAUCAAAUUUAGAAAUAGACAAUAGAUUAUGUAAGGUUAAAGGUGUUAACCUACGUGAAGGUAGAGCCGGCAUGCUUAAUGAGGUUAUAAUGGAAACACUAAAUAAAAUGGGAGAAUGCAUAUAUAUAGAAAACUCUAAUUUUGAGGCUUUUGUAAAAAGAAAAGAUGAAGUAGAUAAUUUAAAUUAUAUAAAAGAAUCUUCAAACGAAGAAAAUGGAUAUGAUAUUUUUAUAAACAAUAAUUUAUAUAAUAAAUAUCUAUAUCAAAAACACUACGAUCUGAUAAAUUUGAAUCAUAAUAAAUAUAAUAUCAAUGCUAAUUUUUCUAAUUAUAAAGAUAUAAAAGAAAAAAAAAUAAAUGAGACUAAUGCAUUCUUUGACGAACCUAAUUCAAAUAAUUCAGUUUCUAUUUAUGAGAAAAAUCAACGAAAUGAAAAUUAUAGUAUCAAAGAAAGUAAGCUAUUGAAUAAAAAUUUUAAUUCUUGUGAAAAUAACAAUUCUAAAAAAGCAACUUGUUACAAUGAAAGUAUUUUUAGAGAAAAAAGUGAUUAUUUUUAUGAAAAUAAUAUUUAUAAUGAAACAAUCAAAAAAUGCUAUAUAUUUGAUCCUUCAGAAUAUGACGAUGAAAAUAUAAAAUUAAUUAAAAACGGUUUAAAAUGUAAUAUACGUGAUUUAAAAAAUGGUUCAUAUGUAAUAUCUUUCAACAUUAGAAGAACUGGAUAUUAUUAUUUAUCUAUUUUUCAUAAAAAAAAACCUGUAGCAAAUUCGCCUUAUCUUAUUCAUAUAAAACCAUCAGUGGCUUAUGCUUCCAACUGUAUUGUAUAUAAAGAUUUAAACAAUAAAAUAAUUAUACCUACACCAAAUAAGAAAAAAUAUAGAAAAAAAAUUCAAAAAAAUUCAAAAAAAGAAAUAUAUAGUAAUAAAAAUUUAAAUAAUAUAUAUAAUGACUCCUUUGAUGAAAUAUAUUUUAAUUUAACUAACUCUUACUCUGAUAAAGAAAGUAAUAAUGAUAUAUCUUGUGAUACUGACAACACUUACUGUUCCUUUAUUUCAAAUAAAUAUCCUAUUACUUCAGAUAGUGAUAUUAAUAAUGACUGUGACAUAAAUAGACAAUCAUAUAAUGAAGUAAAUAUGAAUAUUUUAAAAUGCUAUGAUGAUGAAGAAGAAAACAAAACAUUUAGUAAUUUUUUCAUUCAAAGUUAUGAUGCUUAUAAUAAUAAAAUAAAUGAAGGAAAAAACACCUAUGAAGUUAUGGGUUUAGGUGAUAUUAAAAUAACUGAAAUAAAUGAUUUAAAUAAUGGCAUAUACGAAGUAGUUUAUAAAUAUUUAAAUAGGAAUAAUAAUAAUGCUUAUAAUAAUAACAUAAACAAUAGUAAUAAUACUUAUAGAGAAAUUAGAGUAACUUUAAAUGGAUUUCAUGUAAAAGGUUCACCAUUUAGAAUAAUUCUGAAAAAUGAUAAAAAUUCAUUGCUCUUGAAUAAAAUAAAGAAUUUUUUACCAAUUUAUAAUUUAAAUACUUUUAAUCCUACUGAAAAUAUUCUUAAUAUUAUGAAUUCAUACAAAUACAUAAAAGAUAACUACUUGAAUGAUGAAAACGAAACAUAUUAUAUGAAUAUAUAUCCUUAUUACGAAAAAAAGGAAUUAGAUAAAAUAUUAAAAAAAGUAGAUAAUAACUUAAUAUCACUAAUGACUAUACCUAUGAAGCAACAAAUCUUUAAUUAUAUAAAAUAUAUGAAUAAUGAUAAAGAACUAGUAAAAUUAAAAAAAACUCUCUACAAAGAACUUUUAGUUGCUAAUAGUAAAAUGUUAAAUUGUGCAAUUAUAUUUAAUGAAGAUUUUAAAGAAGACAAAGAAAAUUUAAUGAAAGAUAGAGAUCUCCAAGAGCGCACUAUAGAAGAAAUUAAAUUAAUGUAUGAAUCAUUAAAAGAAAAAAAUAUUCAUACUUUACCAUUUAAUUUUGCCACUAAAGAUAUGAAAUUAUAUGAGAAGGAAUUAAUAAAUAAAAAAAAAGAAUUAUUAGAAAAGCAAAAUAAACUAAUAGAAAGAUAUAAUACUCUUAAAAAUAAAGAGAAACAAUUCUGUGAAAACAGAGAACAAAUUACGGAAGAAUUGAAAAAUAAAUAUAAGCUUCAUCAAAAUAUUUAUGAAUGCUCACAAAAUGCUUUGCUAGAAACCAACAGUAAUUUGAAAAAAAUAACUAUAAGUAAUAUUAAAAAAUGUUGUAAAAAUGAAAAAAAUAUAUUAGCGUUGAAAAACGAAAAAAACUUAAAUGCUUUCUAUAACACGUACAUGAAUAAAUAG